AUGUCCUUUGAGGAUGUAUCUGUGUACUUCACCAAGACAGAACGGAAGCUUCUAGAUCUCAGCCAAAGGCUCCUGUACAAGCAUGUAAUGCUGGAGAACUAUGGGCACUUAGUGUCUCUGGCUCAGCCCUGUGCCCUGUGUCGGCCAGCUGCCUACUCCGCAGAGACCCAGGGAGGGGUGGCACUGUCCCCACAGGUGACAAGGGAGCAAGCAACACGGCCGAGCCUUCUGGAAGAAACUUCCCAGAGACGGGCCUUCGGGCUGGCACGUUGGUUGGCUCCGGUAGUAAGACCGCCUGCACAGCACAGUGACAGUACCACCCAGAGAGGCCCCCGGGGCUCAGGGCUGCCCGUGGCUCCGAGGCCCCAGUCCCCAAAGGGCCCCGAAAAGCGCUACUUGUGCCAGCAGUGCGGCAAGAGCUUCACGCGCCGCUCCAACCUCAUCAAGCACAGGGGGAUACACAGCGGUGAGAAGCCGUUCGCGUGCGCUGGAUGUGGCAACCUGUUCCGGCGCAGCUUCGCGGUGAUGGAGCACGCACCCAUCCACAGCGGAGAGCAGCCCUAUUAUGUGUGCCCCGAUUGUGGCAAGACCUUCAGCCGCAGCUCCAACCUCAUCCAGCACCAGUGCACACACAGCGGUAGCAAGCCCUACGCCUGCCGCCAGUGCAACAAGGCCUUCAAGGGUGUGUCGCAGCUCAUCCACCACCGUGGCCACCGUGGCGACAGGCUCUUCGCGUGCGGCCUGUUCGGCAAGGCCUUCCGCGGUUGCUCGGGCCUCAGCCAGCACCUGCGGACGCACAGCAGCUAGAAGUGCGGAAAGUUCCGCGCCAACCUCUUCAAGCACCAGGCGGUGCACAGCAGGCCGCUGGCCCUGCGAAGGCCAGGUCUGCGCCCAGGGUGCGGUGGCCUCUUGCGGGCGCGGCCCGGACACGGCCCAGGCAACGACACUUUCGGGCAAUGUGGCAGUGACCACACGGCCAUGGUGAGUGCUCUGCAGAAGACAGCAUUCUGA